AUGAGCUUAGAUUCAUCAUUCGCCUUUGUGAUCUGUAAAUUUCUACUGAUGCUCAUUCCUUCUAAUGUGCCUUCAAUCGACGUUGACGCCUCCGAUGUUCUAGAUGAUGGGCAUCCAAAGGAGAAUAGUUUCAUUUAUAUACCUUCAAGAAGACAAACUGACAAAGUCCAAUGCUAUGAGCCUGCAACAAUGAAGUACCUAGGGUACUUCCCUGCUCUCAAACCUGAUGAGGUGAAGGAGCGAGUGGCACAGGUUAGGAAAUCUCAGAAAGUGUGGGCAAAGAGUAGCUUCAAGCAAAGGCGCCAGUUCUUGCGUGUACUUUUAAAGUAUAUUAUUGAACAUCAAGAACUUAUAUGCGAAAUCUCUUCACGUGAUACUGGAAAGACAAUGGUGGAUGCAUCAUUGGGAGAAAUAAUGACAACAUGUGAAAAGAUUACUUGGCUUCUUUCAGAGGGGGAGAGGUGGCUAAAACCCGAGUAUAGAUCAUCUGGAAGAUCAAUGCUUCACAAAAAAUCCAAAGUGGAAUUUCACCCCCUUGGUGUAGUUGGAGCAAUUGUAUCAUGGAAUUAUCCAUUUCACAACUUGUUUAAUCCAGUUUUAGCUGCUGUCUUCUCUGGGAAUGGCAUAGUUGUCAAGGUUUCAGAAUAUGCAAGCUGGUCUGGAUGCUUCUACGUGCGAAUUCUCCAAACUGCCCUUGCAGCUGUUGGUGCUCCCGAAAAUCUUGUUGAAGUCAUAACCGGGUUUGCUGAGACAGGAGAAGCAUUAGUCUCCUCAGUUGACAAAAUCAUAUUUGUCGGAUCUCCAGGUGUCGGCAGAAUGAUAAUGAGAAAAGCCGCUGACACAUUGAUACCCGUGACACUUGAGCUUGGUGGAAAAGAUCCGUUUAUUGUCUGUGAAGACGUCGAUGUGGCUCAUGUUGCACAAGUUGCUGUUAGGGCUGCUUUACAAUCUAGUGGACAAAACUGCGCAGGGGCUGAAAGAUUUUAUGUCCACAAAGACAUAUACGCUUCAUUUGUAGCUGCAGUAGUCAAGAUUGUUAAAUCUGUCUCAGCUGGUCCUCCACAACUUGGAAAAUACGACAUGGGUGCAAUUUGCAUGCAAGACCAUUCUGAAAGGCUUCAGAGCUUAAUAAAUGAUGCGUUGGAUAAAGGAGCUGAAAUUGUUGGAGGUGGAAAUGUGAGAGAUAUUAGUGAAGGUGCUGUUGACCAAUACUUCCCUCCUACUGUUAUUGUAAACGUCAACCAUCAGAUGAAAUUGAUGCAAGAGGAAGCUUUUGGACCGAUUAUGCCAAUAAUGAAAUUUAGCACGGAUGAGGAGGCGGUGAUGCUUGCAAAUGACUCGAAAUAUGGGCUUGGGUGUGCGGUGUUUUCUGGGAGUCAAAAGCGUGCAAGAUCAAUAGCUUCACAGUUAAAUUGUGGAGUUGCUGCUAUUAAUGACUUUGCUUCUAAUUACAUGUGUCAGUCUCUGCCAUUUGGUGGUGUGAAAGACAGUGGAUUUGGGCGGUUUGCUGGGAUUGAAGGGUUGCGUGCUUGUUGCCUUGUGAAAUCAGUUGUGGAAGAUAGGUGGUGGCCUUUGAUUAAAACCAAAAUACCAAAGCCAAUUCAGUAUCCUGUUGCGGAAAACUGCUUUGAGUUCCAGCAGUCGCUUGUGGAGGCUUUGUAUGGGGUGAACGUGUGGGACCGGUUGAGGGCGUUGGUUAAUGUUUUGAAAAUGCUGACUGAACAGAAUUCUACAUUUAACAGUAAGAGAAGUGAUUGACUUUUAUUUUAGAAUCAAAUGAAAAUGUAUUUUUGGUUUGAACUUUGUAUGUGAAAAGGAAGUUGAAAACGACAUUUUAUCAUAGGAUCUUUUAUUAAGUUGGAAUGUAUUUUUGAUUUUUAUUCCUUGGUUGCUGAUUAUUAUCGUA